GAAGAUAUUAGAGACUCCACGGAAACAUAGCAGAAAAUCCCACCAUGCCAAACUACAAACUCACUUAUUUUAAUAUGAGGGGGAGAGCGGAAAUUAUUCGAUAUAUAUUUGCAUAUUUGGACAUAAAGUACGAAGACCACAGAAUAGAACAAGCUGAUUGGCCUGAAGUCAAAUCAACUCUUCCAUUCGGUAAAAUACCCAUUUUGGAAGUCGAUGGACUUAACCUUCACCAGAGCCUAGCAAUAGCAAGAUACCUGACCAAAAACACAGAUCUGGCUGGAAAAACAGAACUGGAACAAUGUCAAGCUGAUGCGAUUGUGGACACAUUGGAUGAUUUCAUGUCACGUUUUCCUUGGGCAGAGAAAAAACAAGACAUAAAAGAUCAGAUGUUUAAUGAGCUUCUUACAUAUGAUGGACCUCAUCUUCUGCAAGAUUUGGACACAUACUUAGGGGAAAAAGAGUGGCUCAUUGGUAACUCUGUAACUUGGGCAGAUUUCUACUGGGAAAUUUGCAGCACCACACUUUUGGUCUUUAAACCUGACUUGCUGGAUAACCAUCCUAGAUUGGUAACAUUAAGGAAGAAAGUUCAAGCCAUUCCUGCCAUCGCUGACUGGAUACAACGAAGGCCCCAAACCAAACUCUAGGUGACAAUUGCUACCUCCAAGCUUUACUGUUCUUCACAGCAUCGCUUCCAUCAGAUAAGCUACAGCAGCCAUGUAACCCACACACUCCCUUCCCCAGCUCCAUCAAGACUUUCACUCUUUCCAUAUUCUGCUUAAGCAAACAAACAA